GUGAACCGCGAAGGGAUUCAGUUAUACAUAUACAUGUUUCGGUUCUCCACUCAGUUCCCCUUCCCUUUAGCCUGACCUAUAGUGCAGUCUUUUGGGAGCUUCAUUGAUUACUUUUAUAGCUAUGAACCUUCAUAGAAGGAACUUUUAAAGUUUCUCUUUAAUUAUUAAGGCAUCUAGGGUUUUUUUGUUGUUUUUUUUUAAGCUGCCAAUUCUCAUAGUCAAAAAGAAAUUAAUUCUGUAGAGCUUAAGGGAAUUAUUACCCAUUUAUUGACUUCACUUGAGGCAUAGAGUGGAGAUUAGAAGAGAGAGGAGAAAAGACAAAGGAGAGAGAAAAGGCAUGACUCUUAGAAGGGGAAUCUCUGGGUUACAGGAUUCUGUAUACUUUUUGUUAGAUGGUGUCUGCCUUCCAGGGACUGUGCCAAUUUAUUUUUUUCACUAAUAGUGCAAGGAUCUUAUUUCUUUUUUUUCUUAAUUUCUUUUUUUUUUUAGGAUUUUAUUUCUUAAUAUCUCUGAAAACCUACUGUAUAAAUAAGCUUUUUAAUAUUUGCCACUCUGACAGAGGAAAUAUGAAGUGUGGGGGUAGUUUUAAGAUGCAUUUUUCUCUUGUGGGAGGAGAGAUUUUUUCACAUUUUAAUCUUAUUUUUACAUUUUUAAAAUGCACUGUAUUUUCAUGUCUUGUCCCCAGUGUAUUACUGUUCUUCCACUUAUUGAUUUGUAGAAACUCUUUUUUUGAGAUAAAAAGAUUUAGUCGACAGUAAAGUAAAUAGUGCUUUUCCAUAAAUAAUGAUGCAUGAUUUUCAAAGCAUUCCCUGCCCCUACCUGCUCACUUGAUUCACUAAUCACAUAACUUGUUAACAAAACAAGUUGUGUGUCUAAGACUACUGUGUGGUUUUUUUUUUUUUUAAAUUUCUGGCUGCAUCAUACAGGCAGGCCCUCAGUAGUGAAAACAUGGAGUACUAACCACUGGACUGCCGGGGAGUCCUAAAACUACUGUUUUAAAGCCCCUUUGGGUAGUCUGUAGAAUUGUUUUCCUGAAGACUGGCCCAUUUCUUUCAUUUUAUAGUUCAUUUUAAUAUGGAGAAAAGCCAAGAGUUAAAUGGUGACAAAUCAGAUGAAAAUGCUGGUUGGCACAUUUUUGGUGAUUGAACAUUUUCCAGUGGCUGCUCUCAGAUUCCCAGUGCUUCAAAUGGAGCAUUUUCAGGAAAUGUCUUGGAUGUGCUGGACCCACGGUGAUGACUGUCAACAUUCAGCAGGCCCUCCAGUAGAUAAUCAUGAAAGCCUGGCUUUUGAUAUCCUGCCAUGUCAGGAACUAUGAAGGGGAAGGGACCCGCUGUGAGACAGCUGGCAGUUGGGAGGUCCCAUCUGAAAAUCAGGAGUGAACUUUGGACAGAAACGAGGCAUACAUUUUACGGUUUGACCUCUACACUGAAGCCUUUGAUCUGUCUAUUAAUUCCUGUGUCCCCUGUGAGGUGAGCUCGAGAGAAAGCCCUGCGCCCACUCCGGUGAGGGGCAGCGGUGAACCUUGGGCUCCGCGGGGAGGAGGAAGGGAAGUGGAGAAGGACUUUGGACCCGCUUGCCUGGCUGGCUGUCUUCCUCAUGGGUUCCCCCAGCCACCCCAGCAGGGACUGCUCCCAGGUCAUUGAUCACAGCCAUGUUCCUGAGUUCGAGGUGGCCACCUGGAUCAAAAUCACCCUCAUCCUGGUGUACCUGGUUAUCUUCGUGGUGGGCAUCCUGGGGAACAGUGUCACCAUUCGGGUCACCCAGGUGCUACGGAAGAAAGGCUACCUGCAGAAGGAGGUGACAGAUCACAUGGUAAGCCUGGCUUGCUCCGACAUCCUGGUCUUCCUCAUCGGCAUGCCCAUGGAGUUCUACAGCAUCAUCUGGAACCCCCUGACCACACCCAGCUACACCGUGUCCUGCAAGGUGCACACGUUCCUCUUUGAGGCUUGCAGUUAUGCCACGCUGCUGCACGUGCUGACCCUCAGCUUCGAGCGCUACAUCGCCAUCUGCCACCCCUUCAGGUACAAGGCCAUGUCGGGGCCCUGCCAGGUGAAACUGCUGAUUGGCUUCGUCUGGGUCACCUCCGCCCUAGUGGCGCUGCCUUUGCUUUUUGCCAUGGGAGUCGAGUACCCCUUGGUGAACGUGCCCACUCGCUGGGGACUCACUUGCAACCGCUCCCGCACACGCCACCAGGAGCAACCGGAGAGUUCCAACAUGUCUAUCUGCACCAAUCUGUCCAGCCACUGGACCGUGUUCCAGUCUAGCAUCUUCGGCGCCUUCAUGGUCUACCUCGUGGUCCUGGCCUCCGUGGCUUUCAUGUGCUGGAGCAUGAUGCAGGUGCUGAGGAGGAGUAAGCAGGGCACCCUGACUGCUGAAGGGCGGCAGCUGCAGCUGAGGAAGUUGGAGAGCCAGGAGAGCAGGAGUGCCCGGAGGCAGACCAUCAUCUUCCUGAGUGAGUCCGGGCUGCAGGGCCUCGGGGGAGCAGACCUCACCCCCACCCCACCACUGCCCCCGUGGUCCUCUUAACCCAAGCCUUGCCUUGUAAGUGUGAACCUAAGUUCACUGAGGUUGAAGA